GAGAGAUUCCCAUUUCAAAACAACAACAAAUAACACGUGCAACAAGAGACAAUCAGCAAAGGAACGAAAACGCGUAUUUUUUGUUUUAUUAAAAAAUAACAUAAAUUAUGGGUUUAACUAAACAAUAUUUGGCCUAUAGGGCCAUUGAUAGCUUUAAUAUUGUGGCCAGUGGUCGUUCAAAUGUUAACUUUGUGAUUUACAAUAAAAUCGAGGGCCGUUAUGUGGUCUCGGCGGCAGCCGAAAAUGUGAUUCUCUGGGAUUUGAGAUUGGGAGAACGUGUCCUAACCUUGCGUCGUGAUAAACAAGAAGUCACUGCAUUGCGGGUUUCUCCGGAUCGUCUACAUGUUGCUGUGGGCUAUAAUGAUGGUGUUGUGGAAAUAUUCGACUUAACAAAUCCCCAAAAUUCCGUUUGCUCUUUGGCUUUGCAUAAAAGUGCAAUUUCUAUUCUGCGUUAUGAUGAGCAGGGCAUUCGCUUGGUGUGCGGCAGUUUAGAUUGUGAAAUGACCGUGGUAGAUGUGGUGGAACAGGCGGGUCGUCAACGUUUAAUUGGACACAAUGCUCCCGUGACAGAUGCCCAUUUCAUGGAACGUUUCAACGAGCAAAGCAUCGUGGUGAGCAGUUCCAAGGAUACACAAAUUAAAUUCUGGAACUUGGAAACCCAAUUUUGUUUCAAAACUGUUGUUGAUAAUCGUACUGAGGUGUGGGCUUUGGCAUUUAUCAAGGAUUUAAUGGUGGCUGGUAGCGGUGAAUCGACAUUAAAUGUUUAUCGCCUCAAGUCGAGGGAUACUACCCAGGUGGACCAAACAAUAGAGUCAGCAGUUGAGGGUUUGUCCAUUGAUGAUGAAGACACAAUAAGUCCAAUAUCCAUUAGCAAUUGUGGUGUCAUACAAAGAGCUGGCAAGGGAAGGUGUGUUAAUCUGGUGGCUGAUGCCUCGGAAAGGGUGAUUUCCUGCCAUGGCACGAAUGAUUUAAUUGAAAACUUUUACAUUUGCACCGAUGAUGAAGCCAAGAAACGCUUGGCCAAACGUUUGAAAAAAGCCAAGAAAUCGGAGGAGAAUGAAACACCCGAUUCCGGGGAUAUUAGCCUGUCGGAUGAAAUAAAACGUCUGGAAAGCAUUAAAGUUAAACAAAAAAUAAAAUCCAUUGAUAUUUUGCUGGGCGCCAGAGAUGAGCUGAGAGUUUUGGUCAGUUUGGCCAAUAACACGCUGCACCUGUAUAGCCAAGAAGCCAGUUUUAAGAGACAGGCUUCUGCGAAAGAGGAGACUGUGAAACUUCUCAGGUCAAUCAAUCGCCAAGGCCACCACUCUGAGGUUAGAAGUGUUUGUUUCAGUUCCGAUUCCUUGGCCAUUGGUUCGGGAUCGGCUGAAUCCUUUAAAUUUUGGAAUCGUGAUUCAAUGCAAUGUUUGCGCUCGGUGCCAGCAGAUUAUGUGUUGUGUUCCACAUUUGUGCCCGGCGAUAGAUAUAUAUUGUUGGGCCUGAAAUCGGGAAAACUUUUGAUUGUGGAUGUUGGUUCGGCCGAUGUGGUGGAAGAAAUUCCCGCCCAUGACAAUGAAUUGUGGUCGAUUGCCUUAUUGCCGGAUCAAAAAGGUUGUGUUACGGGUAGCAGUGAUGCCACCGUGAAAAUUUGGACGUUUGAAUUGAUUGAUAAUCCCGAGGAUAAAAUGGAUGUGGACAAUGAGGAUGAAGCGGAUAAUUUACAAAGAGUAAAAUAUGGCAAGGUGUUGUCAUUGUUGCACAAAAACACCCUGAAAUUGGAGGAGACUGUUUUGUGUGUCAAAGUUAGUCCUGAUAUGAAAUAUUUGGCUGUGGGCCUCUUGGAUUCCACGGUGAAGAUAUUCUUCUUGGACACGUUUAAGUUUUAUUUGUCUUUGUAUGGCCAUAAGUUGCCGGUUCUCUGUAUGGAUAUAUCCUAUGAUUCCUCGUUAAUUGCCACUGGAUCCUCCGAUAGGAAUGUCAAGAUAUGGGGUCUGGAUUUUGGUGAUUGCCAUCGUUCGUUGUUUGCCCAUGAUGACUCGGUUAUGGGUCUACAAUUUAUACCCAAUACCCAUAUGUUCUUCACCUGCGGUAAAGAUGGUAAAAUCAAACAAUGGGAUGCUGAUACCUUUGAUAAAAUCAUAACAUUGCCGGGCCACAUUGGAGAGGCCUAUAGUUUGGCGGUAAGUCCCAAUGGACGUUUUUUGGUUUCCUGUGGUUCCGAUAGGUGUUUGCGUUUGUUUGAACGUACCAAUGAACCUAUAGUUUUGCAAGACAUCCAAGAAGAGGAACGCGAGGAAAUGGAAAAUCAACAAUUGGCCACGGGAGAAGAUCAUGCAGUGCCCCUAUUGCCGGGCCUAAAAUUGGCUUCCCGCAAAACUGUGGGCUCUGAAAAGGCGGCAGAAUCUAUACUGGAAUGUUUGGAAAUUUGCCAAAAAUAUGAAGCCGAUGAAGAUGAUAAGCCUGAAUUGCAUCCCUUGAUGCGGGCCUUAAAUGUUACAAAUCCACAAGAUUUCCUAUUAGUUACAUUGGCCCGGAUAAGAGCCUCCGAUUUGGAGGAGGCUCUAUUGCUACUGCCAUUCUCAAAUGUUUGUGAGCUGUUAGAAAAACUCCCCGCCGUAUUGGAAAAACGUUCCGACGAAAUAGAGCUGUUAACCAAAGUUGUCUUGUUCCUCUUCAAGGUCCACAUGAAACCCAUAACCGGUGCGAAACAUAUGAAACCUUUAUUGGAGGAUCUAAUCAGAGCUUUGAAACGAGAUGUGAGUUCGUUGAGAGAUGUCAUUGGUUUAAAUCUUCACAGUUUGGCGUUGAUCCAGCAUGACAUUGAGGAACGUGAAGGUGUUGAACUCUUCCGUGAAGCAACACAAGAGCGCAAGAAACGUGAUAAGAAACGACGGGAAGGUAUCAAACGACAACUCAUACACAUGGCCUAGAAUUUAGUUACGAGUUAUUUUUUUGUUAGUUUUAAUUAUAUAAAGAAAACAAAACAUAUAAUGUAAUAUUUUUAAUACAUUUAUUAAACAAAAA